AAAACACAACAUUAAAGUACAUUUUUGAUUUCAUCAUCUUUCACCUCACUUUGUGUAAUUUAUACUUUUGCCGGAAGUGAAAAAAAAAUACGGAUAAAAAACUUGCCAAAAGUUCAACAUGUGGGUACUAAUCGAGAAAAAUUUUUGGAACGUUCAAAAAAUAAGGGAUAGCAAUAAAAAUCGAAUAAACUCUGAUUUUAUCUGAAAAUUUCUCCAAGGUUUGUUUAAUUUCAAAAAUAACGACAAAAAUACCUGCACGUACAUUAAUUUGUUAGUUUCAAUUUUGACUACUGGGGAUUACGUUAAGGAAUUUAACAAGCAAUCCUUUCCUACUUUUUUCUCUACUUCCUAUAAUCUAAAUGACAUUAAGUAUGUUUGGUAUAUAGAUAUGGAUACGGCAAAACUUCAGGACUUGUAAAAAUCGAUUCGUUUUAUCAAAAAUAAAUUGCAGAAAACUAAAUUUAUUUAAUAAAUUUAAUAAUAAAAGGAGCCCUCGAUUAAGUCCUAUAUUUUAUUAAAUUUUUUUUCAUGUGUAUUAAUAAAAAAAUAUGAGAUCCUUUAUCCACCAUAUUUACGUCAAUCUGACUUUUGUUGUAUUCUUUGGUGUUAUAAGUAAAGGAAUGAAAAUAACUUCAACUUCUGAAGCGUAUACUUAUAAAAAUGAUUAUUAUGAUGAAAGAGGAUAUUGUGCUCCAUACAAUGGCAAGGUGUGUAAAUCUUAUAUUUCUGGUCAAGUAUGGUAUAGCAGAGAAGAUCCCGGAGGGGGUUGGCAAAAUGAACAAAUUACGGCAGGGUUAUGGGAAGAUUUGAUAACUGAUUUGAAUGGAUUAUGUCGGGAAGCAGCGGAGAGAAUGUUAUGUGCAUAUGCUUUUCCCCAAUGUAUUAUUGAAGAAGGAGCAACUAUUCGAUUACCUUUAUGCUACGAAGAUUGUGUUGCAACGCAUUUACAAUUUUGUUAUAAUGAUUGGGUUUUAAUUGAAGAAAAAAAGGGACGUGGAAUAUAUAUUAAAAGUCGAGGUCACUUUCGAUUACCGAAUUGCGAAGAGUUACCAAAAUUUAAUUUGAGUUCUGGUAGACCAAGUUGUUCCCAUGUUGGAUUAACUAUUAUACCGCAAGACGAAGUGACAUAUGACUGUCGUAUGGGAAACGGUAGGUAUUAUUUAGGUACAAUGAAUGUUACCAAAACUGGUUUGCCUUGUCAAAGAUGGGACCAGCAAUAUCCUCACAAACAUAUGCAGCCUCCAUUAGUUUUUCCUGAAAUAGCAGAGGGUGAAAAUUACUGUCGAAAUGCUGGUGGAGAAGAGCCUUAUCCUUGGUGCUAUACAACAAGCGAAAAUGAUAGGUGGCAGCACUGCCUCAUACCACUAUGUCCCAACUCAUCUGACAUUAUUACAAAGGACAACACUCAUCAGAUUUCAAUGGAAACAUUUUUUACUCCAUCUAUGAUACUACUUUUGUCUGGUAUUGGUUUCGUAGGAAUUGUGGCUUGUCAUUUAACCGUCUUACUCUUAUAUAGAAUAUGUCGCCAUAAAAAUUCACGACCUCCACAUUCAUCUGGCGGUUAUAACAUUGCAGCGACGCAAGAUAAUAUAGAUAUUAAUAAAUUGCCCAGUAACGCCGCAUAUCACGAAACUGGAAUUCAAUUAAAUCCAAAACUAGAAAAAUUAGAAUAUCCUCGCAAUAAUAUUAUUUAUAUAAAAGAUUUAGGGCAAGGAGCUUUUGGUAGAGUUUUUCAAGCUAAAGCACCUGGAUUGGUUGCUGGUGAAGAUUUUACAUUAGUAGCUGUUAAAAUGUUAAAAGACGAUGCAAGCGCUGACAUGCAAAAAGAUUUUGAACGUGAAGCUUGUUUGUUAGCUGAAUUCGAUCAUCCUAACAUAGUGAAAUUGUUGGGUGUUUGCGCAAUCGGCAGACCAAUGUGUCUCCUGUUUGAAUUUAUGUCUCGUGGAGAUUUGAAUGAAUUUUUAAGAUCAUGUUCUCCUUAUAUUACACAUCGUCCAGUUGCUGUAUCUGAACAUCCAGAUUUAUCAUAUGGUGAUUUAUUAAGUAUUUCUUUUCAAAUAGCAGCGGGAAUGUGCUAUCUAUCAGAACGUAAAUUUGUUCAUCGUGAUUUGGCGACGCGCAACUGUUUGAUUGAUGAUCAUAUGAUUGUUAAAAUUGCAGAUUUUGGCCUUUCACAUAAAAUCUAUUUACAAGAUUAUUAUAAAGGUGAUGAACAUGAUGCUAUACCAAUAAGAUGGAUGCCAUUAGAAAGUAUAUUAUACAAUAAAUAUACAAUUGAAUCAGAUGUAUGGGCAUUUGGAGUUUGUUUAUGGGAAAUAUUUUCAUUUGCGUUACAGCCAUAUUAUGGUAUGACACAUGAAGAAGUUGUUAAAUAUGUUAAAGAAGGUAAUGUAUUAAAUUGUCCAGAAAAUACACCAUUACCUAUUUAUUCAUUAAUGAGAAAAUGCUGGAAUAGUAAACCAACAGAAAGACCUAGCUUUCAAAUAAUAUAUCAGACGUUACAUCAAAUUAUAGCUGAAUAUGAAAGUAGAAAUAUGAGUAUGCACUAAUUAAUACUAAAAUAUAAGUGUUCACAAAUUUUUCAAUAUUUAAUUUUAAAUAAUUGAUUCAAUGAUUCAAUAGAAGAUUGUGAAAUCUGUGCAUUUAAAACAUUUUUUAUAUU